AUGAACUCUAUUGCUGGCUCAGUGGAAGCAGAGGAUUGGUUGGACAUAUCGGAUUCCCUCUCCCUACCUUCGCUUUCUUUAGAUGAUGUCCUUAAUGAGGUAAGCCAACUUGAUGAUGAACUGCUAGAUGGACACCUGUCUGGAAGUGUUGAUCAUAUCAGUCCACCGCCAUCUGCUGCUGCGAGCUAUAAGCUGGACAGUGCCGUGAAGACCGAGAGAUUAGAUUCGAUAUCUCACCAACUGGUCUCUUUCCGAUCAAAGCAUGGAUCUGCUGUAGCAGUGGCGUACCAUGGGGGCUACACCGCUAUAGCGACUAGCAAAGGCUCGUUAUUGCUCUUCGAUGCAGAGGGACGUUUGGAGCGUUUCCGGCAUGGGGGCGAAUUAGAUGGCUCAGCAUCGUGUGUAGCGUUCUCUAGUGGUGGAGGGCAUAUUGCAGUUGGAUACAGCAAAGGUUUCGUAAAAGUAAGAUCUAUAGAAGAUAAAGAUUGUGCCGAAAGUGCAGAUCUGACUUCUUCAGAUAAUAAACACGAAAAGCGGCGCUGUUGA